AUGGUUUGUGGGGGUUUCCACUUUGAAAUUCCUUUGAUUUCCAGGGAUAACUCCAACUGGUCAGCAGUGUUGAGGUCUGGUAAUUCACCUGAGAAAUUCUUUGUUUUAGGUGGUUUUGUCUUGCUCGUGGUUUACUUAUUAGCACUGCUGAUCGGUGGACAUAUCUUAUAUUGGAAGAAACCCAAAGAACAAAAGACCAUUAUGGUCAUAAUUCUCAUGCCAUCGAUCUAUGCUCUUGCCUCAUAUCUUGAAUUGCAUGCUAUUAAUAGUCAUGCAUGUGACACCUUUUUUAUGGUCUUGGACUCCAUCAAGGAAUGCUAUGCUGGCCUGGUUAUUGGAAUGUUCUUGAGGUUGUUAUACACAUAUUUGAAUAUAAACAAUGAAAAACUCUCUCAAAAACAUGUCAAGUUUAUAUUAAUGCGAAGAUCAAUUUGUAACUUUUUUCCGGUAACUCUUAUCCAGGGUCGCUAUUUUAGACUGAACCUCAAUAACCUGAAGUACAUUAACUAUUGGACAUGGCAGUUUGUGGUGAUUCGCUUCUUGUGCUCUGUUCUGAUGAUUCUGUUGCAACUUUUUGAGAUAUAUCCUAUUUGGCUUAACUGGGCAUUCUUUUUCAUCACGAACCUAUCACUUUCCUUGGCAUUUUAUACUGUGUUUGUUUUCUACAAAGCAUAUAUUAUUGAUUUGCCAAAACGUACACAUGACCAGUUCUUUUUUGUCAAAGCGAUCAUCUUCGUCUGCUUUUACCAGGGAGGUUUACUUAGGAUUUUUGAUUCAAUGGGCCUAAUCGAAUCAAAUCUUUUUUGGAACCAAGAGCUGCAAAACAACUUAGUGAUUUUGGAGAUGGUUAUUCUCGCUUCUAUUCAAAAUCCAGCGUUCACUCAGUAUAUAUAUUUUAAUGAUGCUUUUAUUCUCCCAAUCCAGCAACCUGUGUCUAAGCCUAUAAAUGCUGUUAAGGCUCCUGUUCAUUCUAUCAAACAGCCUUCGCCUAUGCCUGAGCUUGCCGAGUCUUUGAAGAAGUCAUUAGAAAGCUGUGUCACUGCUUGA